AUGGAAUUCUUAAGAAUUUUGCUUUUCUUCUGUUACUUCGGUUUUAUCUUUAUACAAGUUUCAUUAACCGAUCAUUUAGAGGAAAAAUUGAAAGAAACGGAAAUUGAAAUAGCUAAGCUCCACUUUGAAGAAGAACCAGUAGUUGAAAGAAAGCUGUAUAACGUAAAGUGGAAUCAAUUGUGGCAAGUGGAUUUGGACAAAGAACCACCUUUCAUAACGAAUAUGUAUGAUAAGGUACUCUUUAUAGAAGCAAAUCGUUUCAUAGUAUUUCCUCUGGAUGAUUCUUCUUCUAAUCGUUCUGUAUCGCGAAAAAUAAUUCCAAUCUUUAACAGCGAACCUGUGAAAUUUGUCAGGAGCGUCGUCUGGAGAGGUAUACUUUAUUUGCUGAUUUGUUACGAAACUGGCUCAUGUAGUAUAUACACAGAAGCGAAUAACUUGCAAUUAAGACAUCGACAAACCAUUCAACACAAUGGAUGUCCCUUAGAUGCGAAAUUUUUCAUUCGUGCCAAUCGACUUUAUCUCGUAGUAGUCGAUAAUUUUGGUCAAUUACCGGUUCCUUCUUUAAUAUACCAUUGGAGAGGAACAUAUAUGGAUGUAAUAACAGAAGUGAUGACUAUCGCCGCGGUAUCAGUCACCACGUUCAAUCACAAACAAUCAACGAUCAUAUUAUUCGCGCAGAAUAAUGGAAAUGUGCCUGGGAUUGGUUCCAUGGUGUACGAAUUUAAGGAAACCAGCUUGGACACGAUACAGUUUUUAGAAACUUCCAAACCGAUUUCUGUUCAUCAUUAUAGAAACGCGGGCUUUAAUUUCAUUUUGUUGAUAGACGAAUAUGGACCAAGCACCCUACUUUGGUGGGAUGGACACGAACUAUUAAACUGGCAGCAGAUUUCGCAAAUUCGAGUACCUAGUUUAGUGCACGUCGUAAAUAUUAACUACGACACGAUAUUUUUCGUAGGCUAUAAUAACAUUUUACAACUGUACAAGUUUGAAAAUGCCUCGGAUUGUACUCUAAUAAACUCUAUGAAAUUACCUAGUGGAAUAUCUCUGAUUGAUAUGCAAACGAGAAUUGACAAAUCCACGAUUACCAUGAUGCUAGUAAUCAUGAAUUCGGAUCAAGUUUACAGUGCGAUAUUAUGGGAGUUACAGAUCGAAGAAAUUCCUACAGAACAUUCGUCUAAGCAAAGCGAUAUUUUGUCGAAGCACUUAGCGGAACUGGUUGAGAUAUUGCGACAAAGAAAACCUUUCGUGGAUGAAGCUGAAGCCUCAUGGCCCUUCUUGCUGCCAGCACAUGAAGAUUUAACUAUAUCGGAACCUUUGACCUUCCAAAAUUUAAUGUUAAAUUCAGGAACCGUGGAAAACAUCCAUGUUUUCGUAGAUGAAGAUAUAAUUGCGCCUCACGAAUUAGAAAAAGGCUUGGAAAACUUAAUCCAUGAAAUUGAUAGCGUUCUCACGUCCAAGGAAUUCUCGAUGUUGAAUAACACAAAUUCUUUGUAUGGAGAUAUCGUUGUUGAUGGAGAUGCUUUUAUCGAACAAUUGUGGAUUAAUAGAAUGGACGUGGAUUUUUUCAACGAUGUUGAUAUGCAUUCGAAUGGAAGUACGGAUUCGAAUGAAAGUCAAGAACUUCCGAUAUCAUUAAAGGGAAAAGACAUUGUUGUAAAUGACCUUAAGGUAGAUGCUAUUUGUGGCAUUCCAUUUCAAUAUUGGUCUCUAAUCAAUGAUACGUCAAAAAUGGUGAUAAAUAUUGGUAGAGACAAAAUUGAAUUUUCAAAUAACACUGUACAUUUAAAUUCGAAUAUAUCGUUAAGGAAUUUAAACGUGAGGCUGUUAAAUGGUAUAAAUAUCAACGAACUUUUUAAUGAAUUAUUUAUCAUAAACCAGAAUCAAAGAAUCAAAGGGAAUAUUACCUACAACGAUAUGUUACAAAUCCAGAAUUUUACGAUACAAAUGUUGAAUGGAAAAGCAUGGAAUAAUUACAUGAAUACAAUAACCAAUCAAAGUUUUAACAAUUUUAUAGCGAGGAAGCUUCAGGUAGAAAAUUUGUACGCAGAUUCGAUAAAUAGUAUUCCGGUUUCAGAAGCAGCUCGAGUAUCUGUUGAAAACGUAAUCAAAGGGGAAACGAAAAUUGCGAAAUUACACGUGACAGAGAAUCUUAUAAUCGAUUCAGACUUUCAAUUACCUGUAACUCCGUCACACCAAAUCUACUUUAACGUCACGAUGCAGGGUAAUUUAAAGAUAGAAAUUCUAGACUUGGACAAGUACUCGAGAAUUCUUUUAAACGAUAAAAGAAUAGACCUAACUAAUAUCCUCGAUACAUACUGGACAAAAUCAACCGAUCAAGUCAUUGAAAACGAUGUCUUGUUCGAAAAUAGUUUAACUAUAGAUUAUUUGAAUACGAAGUACUUAAAUGAAUUUUCCGAGGAAGAAUAUUUGUAUACCACUGCAACGAUUAUACCAGAAAAUUUUAAAUGGUUGCAUUUUGAGAAUAUUCACAUAGACGAUACGUUCCUUGUUGAAGGUGAAAACGACAGUUUCUUCGAAAUUGCCCCAGAAUCAGUAACCAUUCGAGAAAAUUUCCAUCUGAAGCAUCUUCACGCUAAUCAACUAUUCACUAACGUCUUCAACAGCCUCCUCGUAACGGAUAUUCUUAAUGGAAUGCAGCCAUAUAUUUUUCCGCGAAAUAUGAGUGUUUCCACUAUUAAAGCUAAGCAAAUAGACAUAGACGAACUUAAUUUUCUCUUCUUCAAUGACAAAGAUAAUAGUAGUUUCUUAGAGAAGGCGAGAAAUGUUAACAAACAUUAUGAAGCAAAAUUCACGAAAACUACGGAGUAUCAUAUAGAAAAUCUUAACGUUGAAAAGAUUAAUAGUUUCGACAUAAAAAAGCUUAUGUUGUUAAAAGAUAUGAAAUUAUACGACUUAAAGAAUUUAGUAAUAUAUGGCGAUCUAACGAUUAAGCGUGACUUAAAAGUUGAUCAAAUUGAUGGUCAACAACCGAUCACGUAUAUAAAAGAUCUCGCUAAAGGAAUCGUUGUGUUCGAUACUAAAAUGACGUUUCAAAAAUUAACCGUACAGAAUGCUACGUUAAAAUCUCUACACAAUCAUGAUGUUAACAAUCUUUUCGAAAAUUUCUUCUUGAAGUCAAGAAAACAAAACAUAUCCGGAAAAUUUUCUUUUUACAAAAUUACCUCUGACAAUAUCGAAACCAAUUUUAUCAAUUAUCAAGACACCUCUAUGUUGUUAUGGAUUGAUAAACCUCUAUUUCUGACAGGAAAUGUCAUAUUCGAUGAUUUAUUUGUAGAAGAAGGUGUUAUAACAAAGACCAUAAACAAUCUUGAUGUUAAUGAGUUGUAUGAGAAUCUGCUUGAUGUAUCAGUAUCAAAUAUCACUGAUUUAAAAGUAUACGGAAACAUCUCUUGGGACAUUCCUUCAAUGAACUCUGCUUCUUUAACAUCCUUAUUCGAAAACGCAGUAACUAAAGCUUCGAAUCAGACUAUACAAGGCGAAACGAUUUUCCAGGAAAAUGUAUCAGCCUCCAAUAUUAGAGGACAAUACGAACAAUUCGAUGAAAUACAUGAUAUCAUUUUAGAUACUGCGAUAGAUGAUGGAAAUAUCGAAAUAAUUGGUGAAAAAGUUUUUGAAGAUGAUCUAGAUAUCGAUACUCUGUUGGUAACUGGUGAUAAUAAUAUUUCAAUUAUUAAUAAUAUCGAUAUUCUCGAAUUCAAUAGCUCUGUAGUAAGAAAAGAUGAAGAAGAAACGAUAACUGAAACUAUAACUUUCCUUGAUGACGUUAUGGUCGAUCAAAUAUUUGUCAGUAAUAAUACUCACAAUAUUCCUUUAAAUGAAGUAGUUUUGGCCACUGAUAUGUUACCCGUUAACGUAUCUUUCAAAGAUCUUGCUAUAUUACAAGAAGUAUAUUUGAAGAAUUUCGAUAAAAUAAAUUUUGAUGAAUUUUUAAAAUAUCGAAUAGCUAUCAACAGGGAACAUGAGAUUUCUGCUGAUGUUCAAUUCCAUGGCAUCGUUGAAGUAACAGGAAACGCAAAUUUAUCACGUAUCAAUGAUAUCUAUCCCUCUGAUUUGGUUCUGAAUGGGACAGAGGAAACGCAAGUGAUAUCUGGUUCAAAGAUCUUCGAAGAAGAUGUUAUAGUAAAUGGCAAUAUUCAUGCACCAUUUAUUAACAGGAUAAACAUAUCGUCAGAAUACUCUAACGGUAUACAGAACGACGAAGAUGUGGAAAUCAUCGGAGAUUUGAUUUUCGAGUCGAAAGUUAAGAUUCUAGGAAAUGUGUCUGUUUCCAAUUUAACAAACGGGAUAAAUUUAAACACUAUACUCUACAAUUUGCAAGAAGGAACACGUCAAACCCUCCACACGUUUGCACAAAACGAAACGGAAAUCGAGGAGAGCAUUGUUCGAUCUUCCUCAAUUUCAGAAACUCUUGGGAACGUUUUCUCGUAUUUGGAGGUAGAAGAAAAAUUGAAAAUUCAGGCACCCAAUAUUAAAAAAGUCGAUGUUGUUUAUUAUGAGCAGAUCACGAAGCUAAACAUGUUCGGAGAAGAACCUGGGUCUCUUUGCGGAUUACCAGAAAAUUGUUCUUGCCCAACCGAAUACAUGGCUGAACUUACAAAACAAGGUUGUUACAUUCGAAGAACAAAUGGCACCAAAAUAGUACGAAAUUAUCACGAACUGUAUAGUACAUUCGGUAUAAAUGUGAUAUCAAAUACAAUAUCGUAUAGUCACGAAUGUACUUCAAACAAUACUGAAAAUGAGAUUAUUACGAUUUCGUGGAUCAAAUCCGAAAUGAUCAACACUGGAGAUAUGUUAGCCAAAGUAAGAGAAACGCCUUUAGAAAUUCGAGGGUUUAUAAAAGAUGCAAAGAUUUUCAUGACCGAUGAUAAUGCAGCUUUCGUGGUACUGGCAAUAUAUUACGACACUUUACACGCAACGCAUAGAACAGAAUCUGUAAUUUAUAAAAUCAACUUUGAAAGUAAUAGUUUAUCAUUGCACCAGAAACUAUUUACCGAUGGUGCUUGGGCUAUUGAAAUUUUCAAAACGAAUCAUCGUGAUGUAUACCUUUUGCUCGGUUGCUUCGGGAACUCUGAAAAGUCGUUUUUGUAUAAAUUGGAUGCUGUUACUUCCAAGUUUACAAUAAUAAGGAACUUCGGGGGUAAAACACGCAAUGUGAAAAGUCUAAUCCAGGAACAAGAUUGUUUCAUUUUACUAGACGAUUUUGAUACGAAUGCGAUAAAUAUCUUUUACUAUAAUCAAAAAUUUGAUAACUUUUCUAAUUAUCAAAGUCUCUUUCACGAUGCACGAAUCCACGAUCUAGAAUGCUUCUACAUAAAUGACUUCGGACAGAGCGAUUCCUUUAUCGUCGUCACCACGGGAAACGAUCAGUUUUACGUUUAUGAAUAUAUGUAUGCCCAAAAAUUUCAACUGAGGAUACAACACCAAAUCGAUGAUUUACAAACAACGGUGCCGUUCUAUCACUUGGAAAAUCAUUAUAUUUUUGCGGGCACGAGUAUGAAUAGCACGAUGCUACGUAUCAUAAAGCAGGGUCCCUAA